CCCGGUCGCGCGGCGGCGGCGGCGCUGCUUCUGGCCCAGCCGGCGGCGGCCAUGGCGGCCGUGCUGUCCCCGCGCCUCUGCGACAGCGACCCCGCCACGCCCGGCGCGCAGUCCCUCAAGGAUGACACAGAAGAAAAUUCCAAUGAUGGCAGCCAACCAUCCAAAAGACGGCGUAUGGGCUCAGGGGACAGUUCUCGGAGCUGUGAAACUUCUAGUCAAGACCUUGGAUAUAGUUAUUUUCCUGCUGAAAAUUUGAUAGAAUACAAAUGGCCACCAGAUGAAACAGGAGAAUACUAUAUGCUACAGGAGCAAGUCAGUGAAUAUUUGGGUGUAACUUCCUUUAAAAGAAAAUAUCCAGAUUUAGAAAGGCGAGAUCUGUCUCACAAGGAGAAACUCUACCUCAGAGAACUAAAUGUUAUCACAGAGACUCAAUGCACACUAGGUCUAACAGCUUUGCGUAGCGAUGAAGUAAUUGAUCUUAUGAUUAAGGAAUACCCUGCCAAACAUGCUGAGUAUUCUGUUAUACUGCAAGAGAAAGAACGUCAGCGAAUAACAGAUCAUUAUAAAGAGUACUCUCAAAUGCAGCAGCAGAACACACAGAAAGUAGAAGCCAGUAAAGUUCCAGAAUACAUUAAAAAAGCUGCCAAGAAAGCUGCAGAAUUCAACAGCAAUUUAAACCGAGAGCGGAUGGAAGAAAGAAGAGCCUAUUUUGAUUUACAGACUCAUAUUAUCCAGGUGCCUCAAGGAAAAUACAAAAUCUUACCUACAGAGAGAACAAAGGUUAGUCCUUAUCCAGUGGCUCUCAUACCCGGCCAGUUCCAGGAGUACUACAAAAGAUACUCUCCAGAUGAACUUCGUUACUUGCCAUUAAACACAGCUCUAUAUGAACCUCCUUUGGAUCCAGAGCUGCCUGCAUUGGACAGUGAUGGAGAUUCAGAUGAUGCAGAGGAAGGGCGAGGUGAUGAAAAACGGAAAACCAAAGGCAAUUCGGACAAUUCGUCUGGCAAUGUAUCUGAAGGUGAUUGCGCCACAGACAACCAGGAGGAUUCUUUUCAGGGAAGACAAAAAACAAGAGACAAAAGUGCUACUCCAAGAAAAGAUGGUUCCAAACGUUCUGUAUUACCCAAAUCAGUUCCUGGGUACAAGCCAAAGGUCAUUCCAAAUGCUAUAUGUGGAAUUUGUCUGAAGGGUAAGGACUCCAACAAGAAAGGAAAAGCUGAAGCUCUUAUACACUGCUCCCAGUGUGACAACAGUGGCCACCCUUCUUGCCUUGAUAUGACCCCGGAGCUUGUUGCUAUGAUUAAGACUUAUCCUUGGCAAUGUAUGGAGUGUAAAACGUGCAUUAUAUGUGGGCAGCCUCACCAUGAAGAAGAAAUGAUGUUCUGUGACGUAUGUGACCGUGGUUAUCACACUUUUUGUGUGGGGCUUGAUGCUAUCCCUUCAGGUCGCUGGAUUUGUGAUUGUUGUCAGAAAGACCCUCCUGUACCCAGAAGAGGAGGAAGAAGGGGGAAAAACAGCAAAGAGGGUUAAAAAAACCCCAAAAACUUGCUCUCCAAAACUUAAAUGCACAAAUUAAAGUGAUACUUUGGUGCUAUUUAAUCAACCACUCUUAGAGGAACAAUACCACUUUUUUUUUCUUUUUACCAAAUAAACUUUUAAAUUUGUCUAUAUAA